UUUUUAUACUGGUUCUCUCACAAACGAUGAAAACAUCAUCUCAACGGCUCCAUUUUUUUAAAAAAAAGGAGGUCACUUUCAUGGCUGCCGAAACCCAAUUCUGAAGUUCCACCUACUACUCAGUUUUCCAUGGGGUGAUUUCAGCUUCUAAGUUAAAACUUGGUGCCGCAAAUUUUUACCCCCAGGGUACUGCAUGAAAUCUUGUUUGGAGAUUCCACAUGCCCACCAUUUGUUUGCUACAAUUCCUCAAUUAGAAAAUUUGUACGCUUAGGUUUCUUGCUGUUGCCCUGUCUUCUUACUGAAUAGGUCUUUGACUUCUUGUAUGUUAAGAUUCUUAUUAUUGUCAACUGAAAGCUUAUGAAGAGUUGUUGAAUCUGGUGAAAUCCGGGUCUUGUUGCUGUAUCAAGUGCAAGAUUUCUUCUGUCUUCAGUGCGAAUUCUGGUGUGGAAUUGUUUGGGAGAGUUGAUCUUUUGUAAAUUCUGACUGCAUAGAUUGGAGUGGUUUCUUCUUUACUAUCGUUGUUCUACUCUACAGAUCAAGGCUACCUUACAAGAAUCAAGUUUUUAAUGAUUUUUUGGUUUAUGGGAUCCCUUUAUCAUUCAGUUGGUAUGGUUUACCUUACUUGGGGCUUAAAAUAUUAGUACUUCAGGAAGGGGUGCCUGCUGAUCUUUCUAGCAUUUCAGUUAAGGUAGUAUGGUCAAUGAUGGAAACUAUAAAGGCUUGGUAAAACAAGUGGGCAUCCAGCAGAAUUGUAGUCCAUAUCAAAUUGCAGCCAGUCAAAGGACUUGAGGGAGAAAGAAGUAUAAUGGAAAGAGAGGGGAGAGUGAUUUCAGACUUAUAUAGGAAUUCUAGUGAGGAGUUGUUUUUGAAAUCCUUGAUGGAAAGCUCAAUUGGAUUGCCAGUACCGACCAUGGAGAUGUUGGGUUUCAAGAAUCUUAAUCAAAACUUUCGUACAGAUAGUGAGGAGCUCUUUAAAAGCUGGCUUAUGAAUGGAGAGAAUCAUGGUCAUAAUUCAUCAAGCAUAGCUUACUGUACUCGACAAGCCACAAGAAGGUUAUCCACUGAACUAGCCAAUUUUUCUAAUCAGCAACAUGUGGAUGCCCUUCAAAAGAAAAGAAGCAAAGAUAUCUUGCUUGAGCAGAGUAAUUCAUUGGCUCAGGAGAACUCCAGUGAACGCGGCCAACAAUCAAUCUGGAAUGCUGUUGAAAGUGGGAUGCAGGCUCGUAAUUUACAUUUCGCCAAGGCCUGGUUUCACAGUUCUCAACCUAUGACACGAAGUCGAUCUUCUGAGUUGCGGAGGAAAUAUGCUGCCAUGCAAACCACUCAAAUGACUUUUGAUAUGGAAGCCUUGCAUGAUUCUUCUGGGGUUGGCACCAAUAAAUUGAAACAAGCGUUUGCUAGACCAAAUGGUGACCUUACAGUAUGUGACAAUGCUAACCAGUUGGAUACAUUCAUGUCUCCCUCAAAUUCAUCUUCCUACAAUGCUUCUGAUCAAAUGGGUAAUAUUGAUAAAGUAUCCUCUGUUGUGAGCAUGCUGAAGGGCACACUGGAACGCAAAAAGCUAUUUACCCAAGCUGAGAAAGAAACUGUUGAAAAUUGCUCUGAUGGGCUUUAUCAAGGAAUUGUUGCCAAAUCUGUUUUUGACGAAGGACAGGAAAAUUACAAUCAUCAAAUUAUGGGAAAUUUUCAAGAGAUACCUUCUGGUGAAGUACAGGAUCCUGGAUUCUUGCAGACGGUUCAAGGAUCUAUAGAUCUUGACAUGCAAUGUUUUGUAAAUCCAAUGAACCCAGUUCAGUUUAGUGCAGUUUCUCGAGAACCUUCUCAGAGUGAAUCUUCUGCUGCUGCACCAGUAGUUUCAUCUGGUUUUGAUGCUUGUGAUGGUCCCAGCAACUCAAGUCAAACUCCAACCUUCUGCGAGAGCUUGAAAAAACAAGUUGUAAAGACUAGGAGUUUAGAAAAUGACUCUAGAGCCAAAGAUUUCAGGGUACAGAUAAUUGACAAUUUGAAAGACGACAAAAAGAGGGCAGGUCUAGUCAGACAUGGAUCUGUAACCUCAGCUGGUACAGGGGACAAGGGAGACUCCACAAAAAAGCGUAGGGUAGAGCGAUCCCGAAAAAUGGCCGAGGCAAGGAAUUUGACACCGGCAGUUCCAUCUGAUAUGCAAGCAAUUUUAAAGCGUUGUGAAAAUCUUGAGAAGGAAGUGCGGUCACUAAAGCUUAACCUAUCUUUCAUGAAUAGGAAGGACUCCGAACAGACUAAGCAGAUAGAAGAGCUUCAAAAGCAAAAUGAGGAGUUGGGAGAUGAAAAGGAACGCCUCCUGGAAGAGAUAGAGAGAAUCAUCUCACAAACAGGCAACAUGUAAACGUCCUGCUAUAAAGAAUUGUGGACCUUGAACAUUGUAACUGGCGCCCCAAGAUUCAUGACGGCAGUGAUUAAAGCCUUAAGUUGUAUUCAUGUGGAAGAUUUCCAACCUCAGGCAUGAAGAAGCAAUGUGGAGAGGGCUUGUUUGUCCAGUUGUUUGUAUAAAUGCAUGGCUAGGGUUUCCCCAUUGACCUGGAUAAUGGAAAACUCAAGCUCUAAACCUUCUACAAUGUAUUGACUGUAAAAUCUCAACCUUACGUAUUCCCUAGAAGUACGGAUUCUAUUUAUCUACAAAAAGUUUGAGAAUGUUUUUAAACAGCUUCUUUGAUGCCUGUGACAGGGCUGGUGUUCUUGUAUUGUCUGUUAAUUGUUGCUUAUAAACUUCAGUUAUAAAUGAAAAGUUCCCCAAUUAAAUA